GUAUCUCGCUAUCACAUAGUGCCACUAAUCUUCUGGAGUGUACCAGUUGUAUAAAUAUCUAUCAGUAUCAGCACUACUGUUUGCUGAAUACCCCAAAACUCUCUGCUUGACUUCUCUUCCCUAACCUUUGCACUGUCCAAAAUGGCUUCCUGAUCCCCUCACUUCCUCGAAUCAUUCUAAGAAGAAACUCAAGCCGCUACCAUUAGGGGCAGAUUAAUUGCUGCACUUUCAGAUAAUCUACCAUGGCCACUGUGAACAACUGGCUCGCUUUCUCCCUCUCCCCGCAGGAGCUGCCGCCCUCCCAGACGACGGACUCCACGCUCAUCUCGGCCGCCACCGCCGACCAUGUCUCCGGCGAUGUCUGCUUCAACAUCCCCCAAGAUUGGAGCAUGAGGGGAUCAGAGCUUUCGGCGCUCGUCGCGGAGCCGAAGCUGGAGGACUUCCUCGGCGGCAUCUCCUUCUCCGAGCAGCAUCACAAGUCCAACUGCAACUUGAUACCCAGCACUAGCAGCACAGUUUGCUACGCGAGCUCAGCUGCUAGCACCGGCUACCAUCACCAGCUGUACCAGCCCACCAGCUCCGCGCUCCACUUCGCGGACUCCGUCAUGGUGGCCUCCUCGGCCGGUGUCCACGACGGCGGUUCCAUGCUCAGCGCGGCCGCCGCUAACGGUGUCGCUGGCGCUGCCAGUGCCAACGGCGGCGGCAUCGGGCUGUCCAUGAUCAAGAACUGGCUGCGGAGCCAACCGGCGCCCAUGCAGCCGAGGGCGGCGGCGGCUGAGGGCGCGCAGGGGCUCUCUUUGUCCAUGAACAUGGCGGGGACGACCCAAGGCGCUGCUGGCAUGCCACUUCUCGCUGGAGAGCGCGCACGGGCGCCCGAGAGUGUAUCGACGUCAGCACAGGGUGGUGCCGUCGUCGUCACGGCGCCGAAGGAGGAUAGCGGUGGCAGCGGUGUUGCCGGUGCUCUAGUAGCCGUGAGCACGGACACGGGUGGCAGCGGCGGCGCGUCGGCUGACAACACGGCAAGGAAGACGGUGGACACGUUCGGGCAGCGCACGUCGAUUUACCGUGGCGUGACAAGGCAUAGAUGGACUGGGAGAUAUGAGGCACAUCUUUGGGAUAACAGUUGCAGAAGGGAAGGACAAACUCGUAAGGGUCGUCAAGUCUAUUUAGGUGGCUAUGAUAAAGAGGAGAAAGCUGCUAGGGCUUAUGAUCUUGCUGCUCUGAAGUACUGGGGUGCCACAACAACAACAAAUUUUCCAGUGAGUAACUACGAAAAGGAGCUCGAGGACAUGAAGCACAUGACAAGGCAGGAGUUUGUAGCGUCUCUGAGAAGGAAGAGCAGUGGUUUCUCCAGAGGUGCAUCCAUUUACAGGGGAGUGACUAGGCAUCACCAACAUGGAAGAUGGCAAGCACGGAUUGGACGAGUUGCAGGGAACAAGGAUCUUUACUUGGGCACCUUCAGCACCCAGGAGGAGGCAGCGGAGGCGUACGACAUCGCGGCGAUCAAGUUCCGCGGCCUCAACGCCGUCACCAACUUCGACAUGAGCCGCUACGACGUGAAGAGCAUCCUGGACAGCAGCGCCCUCCCCAUCGGCAGCGCCGCCAAGCGUCUCAAGGAGGCCGAGGCCGCAGCGUCCGCGCAGCACCACCACGCCGGCGUGGUGAGCUACGACGUCGGCCGCAUCGCCUCGCAGCUCGGCGACGGCGGAGCCCUAGCGGCGGCGUACGGCGCGCACUACCACGGCGCCGCCUGGCCGACCAUCGCGUUCCAGCCGGGCGCCGCCACCACAGGCCUGUACCACCCGUACGCGCAGCAGCCAAUGCGCGGCGGCGGGUGGUGCAAGCAGGAGCAGGACCACGCGGUGAUCGCGGCCGCGCACAGCCUGCAGGACCUCCACCACUUGAACCUGGGCGCGGCCGGCGCGCACGACUUUUUCUCGGCAGGGCAGCAGGCCGCCGCCGCAGCUGCGAUGCACGGCCUGGCUAGCAUCGACAGUGCGUCGCUCGAGCACAGCACCGGCUCCAACUCCGUCGUCUACAACGGCGGGGUCGGCGAUAGCAACGGCGCCAGCGCCGUUGGCAGCGGCGGUGGCUACAUGAUGCCGAUGAGCGCUGCCGGAGCAACCACUACAUCGGCAAUGGUGAGCCACGAGCAGAUGCAUGCACGGGCCUACGACGAAGCCAAGCAGGCUGCUCAGAUGGGGUACGAGAGCUACCUGGUGAACGCGGAGAACAAUGGUGGCGGAAGGAUGUCUGCAUGGGGGACCGUCGUCUCUGCAGCCGCGGCGGCAGCAGCAAGCAGCAACGACAACAUUGCCGCCGACGUCGGCCAUGGCGGCGCGCAGCUCUUCAGUGUCUGGAACGACACUUAAGCUACGCGGGCCGGCCUGGCUCUCCGAAUCCGAACCGAUCGAUGCGUCGUAAAACGUACACUGACAUAAGUAACAACACUUAGGGUUCUUCAUGGAGUUGUUACCAGUAAGUUGUUACUUGUCAUAUGUUUUAAGUUCUCAAUUUGUAGCUGGAAGGAAAGCUAGGGUUUCUUCUGAAGGGUAGGGUGAUGGCUUGUGAAGAGUGCCACGCAUGCACGGGGUUUUCUCCAUGAUGACGGUACCUUCACUUGCUGCCAUUUUGGGGUUCAGGUUCAGAAGAUGGAUACCGAGUAGCAGUAUUAACCAAAAGCCAUGUUUAAAUGGGAUGGGUAGGAAAUUGAACCGGCAAGCUUGCUUGUAAAUGGUAGCUAGGGUGGAUGAGCUGACACGAGGUGAAAAUGAUGGCACCUUAAUGGUCUAGUGUUUCCAUUCUAGAGAUCAAACUGAAGCAGGGAGAUGCGCAAUAGUUCAUUCAUUGCUUUUGCUGGUUC